UUGUUUAUCUAUACACCAGUAGAGUAUCGUCUCACAGCAGUAAGCUGGUGAUCAGUGUUUUAUCUAUACUACCUAAAGACUCUCACCACUGACUCAUUAAUUUUUAUCAAGUAUUAUAUUAAUAUUAAUGGAAGUUUUGCUUAAAAAUUAGUAUUAUUUUAGCAGCAUAUUGGUUGAAAAUUGUGUGUUUAUUUAUGGUACAUGAUAUUAUUGUUAUCAAAUAAUUAGAAAUGACUACCGAGGAAAAAUUCGAUGCUGCUGUCAAUGUUAUCAGAAAUCUACCAAAAAAUGGAGCGUAUCAACCUAGCCAUGAAUUACAACUACGUUUUUAUGCUUACUAUAAACAAGCAACAGAAGGUCCAUGUCAACAAUCAAAACCAGCAUUUUGGGAAGUUAUCAAAAAGGCUAAAUGGGAUGCUUGGAUGAGAUUAGGAAACAUGAGUCGGAAUGAAGCGAUGAAUAAUUACGUUGAAGAAUUAAAAAAAAUUGUUGAAACUAUGUCGUAUACUGAUAAUGUUGCUAAUUUCUUAGGAAGUUUAGAUUCAUUUUAUGAAAGUGUUCCCGUAGAGGAUUUAGAAAUGCUCGUUGGUCCAGUUAUUGAACGAAUGCGAUCACAACCUGGUUCUCCAUUGUCUGCAUCUCCUUUAGGGUCCAGAGAAACCUCUCCUCAACGAGUACGUAAUCCGUCCAGACAUAUAACUAGUAGUUUAGAGACAAGCCCAGCAAGUAGUCAUAGUGCUAGUCCAUUACCACCUGAUACUGAUGGCGAAGAAGAAGAAUUCAAGGAUACACUUGAAUCAGCACCAGAAAAAUCUAUUAAAGAGCCAACAAAGUCUUCCAUAUCCGCUCAAUCGAAUACCAAAAGUUCAGGGGACCAAAUAAAACCUGAAAUUUCAACAAAUCUUACGAACGGACAUUCAAAUAGUAAUAAAAAUGAAAUAAACGCAGACAAACAUCAUCAAGAUCGUGGAAGAGUUAGAGAGAAAAAGAAUGGCAAAGAAAACAAUUAUCAGAAUUCAGAGUUUCUACAACAAGUUACAGAAACACUGCGUCAUUUACAGCGAGAUUUAGACAGAAUUACUGGUAGAGUUAGAAGUUUAGAAGGACAAGCUCUACAAUCACUAACACCAAAAUCGGAUUGUUCGCGUAUUUAUCCGAGAUGGUGGCCAUUAUCUGAUUGUUCGCCAAGAAUUUUUGCAGUGAUAAUUCUUUGGCCAUUUAUUGCACAGUUAAUUAUAAACUUGAUGAAGCGUCGACAAAGAAAAAUGUGAUGUAUUAAAUAAAUAACUUGAUAAUAAUACUGAUAACUCAUAAGGCCUAUUAUGAGAAAGUUUAACUAAGGCAAAAAAUAGCCCAAGCAAAGAGUUUUCAUUAUGACAAUUGUAAUAAUUAAUGUUAAAAAAAAUUGUUUUUGUAAAUAAUUGAAUUUAAAUUAUAAAUUUAUUCAAUUCAUAUAAAAAAAUUAUUCUAGUAAAAUCGUGAUAAACGGAAAAACUUCGAUCAUAAAAGACUUCUUCAAGUUGCUUUAUAUUUACAAACUCUGAGGAACAUUCCAUUGAUUGGCUAAUCAUUAAAAUUCUUAUAAUUGUUAAUAUCAUUAUUUAAAUAUUCAUUAUAAAUAUUUAUACUUACAACAAUAAUAAUCGAAUUUUCUUUUAAGGUAACUAAACGAUUCGAUUUAAAAGAAAUUUUUUGACGUUGUAACUACUACUUCUUUUAGCGAUAUAUAUCUCUUAGAAAUCAUUAUAGUUAUAGACUUUUAUC